AUGAGUAGUUUGGAAACUCUCAAGCAGAUCUUAGAAAAAGAUAAAGAUGAUGAGAUUUUAUUAGCUAAUGAUGAAAAUUUACAAAGUCUUGACAAUCUUCAAAACUAUAUCGUACAUAGGAAGAAAGAAUCGAAUAACUUAUGUCAAUUAUUAGAACUGGUCAGAAUUGAGUCAUCCAAUGAGGAAGCAAAUAUCACAUCACUGAUUAGUUCACUUCCUGAGUCUGAUUUGUACAAACUUAUAGCACGAUUUCAAGAUUAUCAAACGAAUAUCAAGACUCAUAGGGAAAAGUUAAUUCCAAUAGAAACUAUUAUAACUGACUUCAAUACCGAAUUAGAACAAUUAUCAUCGAGUUUAGCAUCAUUACAACAACAAUCCAGCAAGUUAUCUUCUGAUUUGGAUUUGCAGCGUGCAUCAUCGGAAAAGUUAAACCCAAUUAUAUUGGAUCUCAUGAUUCCUCCUGGUAUAGUACAUUCUAUAGUAAAGGAGCCGAUUAACGUAGAAUGGCUUGAAAACAUAAGGUUCAUUAAUGAAAAAAUCCUUUUAAUAUCCAGUGUUAAGUCUAACAAAGCGGACAAAAGAUUAACUGACUUAUACAAGGAUUCUCUUGCAUUUUCACAACUUGAAUCAGGUGUUAAACUUCUAGUAGCCAAAUCCGUUGAAAGGAUACGAGAUUUCAUUAUUCAUAACAUCAAAAUGCUCCGGUCCUCCCAAAAGACAUCAUCGCAGAGUAUUCAACAAAACCUUCUUAAAGUUAAAGAAUUAUUUGCGUUUAUAAAAUUGCAUCAUUCUGAGUUGGCAGAUCAAUUACAAUUAGCAUAUAUAUAUACUAUGAAAUGGUAUUAUCAAACUCGUUUUGCAAAAUAUUUAUACGCUAUAGAAAAGCUUCAUGUUCGUCAUGUCGAUCUGAACUUAGUACUAGGAAGUGGGCAUAACGCUAACGAUGACAAAAGUUUAUUUGGCGGUGGAUUAAAGAAUUGGUUAUAUAGUGGUGGAAAUAAUUCUUUGGCUCCUCCACAAACUAAUUCAUCACAUCAACUGCUGCAAUCACAAGCGCAGCUGCUGCAGCAGUCACAGCUAAGUAAGCUCUCAAUAUCUGAUUACUUGCUGUCAAUUGAUAAGAGGUUGCAAAUACUUGAAGCUAGGAGUGAUGCACCAGAGCCACACUUAGCUAUUCCAUCACAAAUUGCAGAGACCACACCGUUUAAUUACUGGUUAGAAUUUAUUUAUAAUCAAUGGUCUAUCGCACUUAUUGAUAAUAUUGUGGUAGAGUAUUUGUUUAUGGUUGAAUUCUUUUAUCAGGGUGAUGAAAAGUUUUGUAAUGUGGACACUUUAAAACGAAAGCCUAAAGAAAAUGAUAAUAGUUCUUCUGGAAACUCGCAAAAGAAUGAUUGGUCCCAUGUUAUGUUUGGAAAUGUAUAUAAAAUGGGUUACGAUUUUGUCAGCUGGUUGAUCAGUCAUCAGCCAUCUCCAUAUUUAACUGGAAGAAAUAAUGCGUCCAUUACAACAACGUCUAACCCUCAGAGAAUGAAUACUGGUUCAAAGACUUUGCUACAAGGAACAUGUGAUGGAUACGCAGUAUUAUUGAUGAUACGAUUAGUACAAAAGGCUCAAUCUCUACUCCACAAUGAAUUUCAUAUUCCAGUGCUUGAUGAUCAUUUGAAUUCUGUAUUACUAUUAUUAUGGCCGCAUUUUACAAAAAUAGUUGACCUUAAUUGUGAGUCCAUGAAAAAGUUAAUAAUGUAUUCUGGAUCGUCGAAAUCUAAAGAAGUUCAUUUAGCACCAGUAAGCGUUACACAACAGUUUUCUCAAUUUUUACUGGGUUUGUUGAAAUUAGCAGUAGUAACAUCCACUGAUAAGAAAGAUGAUAAUGAUAAUAUCUUCAGAGGGGAACCUUUGUUCACUUCUAUAACUAGAUUGAGAAAUGAUUUCGAGAACGUACUUACCAAAUUAAGUAGCCAUCUAUUUGGCUCGGGAAGAAGUAAGUCCAUUGAAAAGGAAAUUUUUUUAUAUAAUAAUUACUUCUUGGUGGUGAAUAUCUUGAGAAAUGAAAAUCUAGGAGAUGAUGUUCCCAAUGCUUUUAUUGACGAACAAAUUAAACAUUUUGAGAUGCUAUGUGACGCUUACAAGAAAAGCUAA